AUGGCACCUUUCCAGGACCUACCAAUCAUUGCGAACUGGGGAGACACUGUAGUUGUGCAUCUUUACAAUGGUCUUGAAAAUAACGGCACUGGAUUGCAUUUUCAUGCUAUACGCCAAAAUUAUACCAAUGGCAUGGAUGGCGUUCCAUCCAUCACUCAAUGUCCAACUGCUCCAGGAGAAUCGAUCACCUAUACCUGGAGAGCAACCCAAUACGGAUCAACCUGGUACCAUUCUCACUUUGCUUUGCAAGCAUGGGAGGGUGUACUGGGUGGGAUAAUCAUCAAUGGCCCUGCUACGGCCAACUAUGAUGUCGAUGCCGGAAUAAUGAUGUUAAACGACUGGACACACGAAACCUCAAGUGCGAUGUAUACAUCGGCCGAAACCAACGGGCCACCAACCCUAGAUAAAGGCCUCAUAAACGGAACCAAUGUUUAUGGCGAUCUCGGAUCCCGCUUCAGUAUGACAGUAGAAGCUGGAACAUCAUGUCGAAUCCGUCUCGUGAAUCGCGCCAUCGACAGCCACUUCAAAUUCAUGGUCGACGACCAUAACCUGACCGUCAUCGCAAUGGAUCUCGUCCCCAUCGUCCCAUACUCCACCCAAGUUCUCUCUAUGGGUAUGGGACAACGGUACGACAUCAUCCUCACUGCAGCCAAAACCUCUGGAAGCUUUUGGAUCCGCGCUAUCCCACAAACCUACUGCAGUGACAACGAUAACGCCGACAACAUCAAAGGAAUACUCAUGUACUCUAGCACCAAUACCACCGAGCCCUCCAGCUCAGGCUACGAUGAUAACUGCGACGACGAAGAUAUUUCCUCCCUCGUCCCAUAUCUCAGCCUAGAUGCUAGCGCCGACGUUCUCUCCGACGACUUUGCCGUGACCGUCGGUUACAAUUCAGCAGGUCUCUUCAAGUGGUAUAUGGAAGCUACGACGUUCGUCUCCGAAUGGGAUUAUCCCACUCUGGAAGCCAUCAUCGAUGGAAAUACCACAUGGACCACCAACGAACAUGUGAUCCAGCUCGAUGAUGCCAACGAGUGGGUAUACUCCAUAAUUGAAACCACGCAAACGGUUCCCCAUCCAAUUCACUUACAUGGUCACGAUUUCUACAUCCUAGGUCAAGGCACCGGAACUUAUUCCAGCAGUACCACAUUGUCGUUGACAAACCCACCCAGAAGAGAUGUGGCAAUGUUGCAAUGUUGCCUGCGGGUGGAUAUUUGGUGA